UGUUCCUUCUGAAGAGCUGAGUGGCUGCAGUAGCAACGACCACCGUUUGUCUGACCAGACACAUUGCUGCCAGACCCUCUUCAUCCAGCACAUAGGAUACGGGACUACUUGGCCCAUUAUUAACUUAUUGCAAUUAGCAUUUUGAAUUUUCUCCACAGCAUUCAUUUUUUAUUUUGAGUUGAUUUUAGAUUUGAAAAGAUUGAAGUGAUAGAUAGAUUGAUGAAUAAAUAACUAGGCCAGUUGAAGAUGAUGCACCAAUCCACUCUUGUGCUGAGGAUGACAAUUUUGCUUGUAUUGGGGCAAAUGUCUGGAACAGCAGCCGAAAUGGAUAUAAUUUCCACCAAAUCUGACAUUGAAAUGGGAGUAAAAUAUAUGCUUCUGUGUAAAGCCGGUGGGGAGGGAGAUAUCACCUGGCAGAAGGACGGCAAGGAAAUCGAUGAUGAGGAAAGGGUUUCCAAAAUUGAUGAGGUGUCCUCCAAGCUGGAAAUCCAGAAUGCCACGUUGGAGGACGCGGGCAGCUACACCUGCCUGUGCACAUUUGAUAACGGAGAUCCAGAUGGUCGGACCAGUACAAAUAUAUACGUUUACGAUGGUCCGUCCUUCGGUGCCACCCAGGUGUACCAUGAGUUCCUGAUAGGACAAGAUGGCAUGGUGCCCUGCCUGGCAUCCGGCCGGCCAAAAGUGGAUGUACGCUGGUUGCGGGACGAGCAGGUGAUCCCUUCUCAAGAGGGAGACCGUGUAACACGCUUGCAGGACAACUCACUCCACAUUAAGAACGUGAGGAAAGAUGACGCGGGCACAUACACCUGUCAGGCCACGAUCAGAGGAAGACCCAUUAAGCAGAAUAAGCAGAUAUCUGUGGUGGUCAACGCCCCACCAACGGUGACCCUAAAGGAGAAGAUAAAGAAAGUAAUGGCUGGAGCAGAUAACAACAUCUCCUUACUGUGUUUGGUGGACGGACAACCUACACCAAACAUCUCUUGGAUCACGCCAGUACAUUCUGACCUUGCGCGUUAUCAGUUCAACUCGGACCGGAGCGAGCUGACCAUCUGCGCUGUGAGCAGGGCAGACUACGGGGAGUACAUCUGCACGGCCCGCAACAAGAUCGGAGAGAGCACCGGCACCAUUGAGCUGCACGUCUCCGAGGCCCCAGAGGUAUAUGUAAGGGCGAAGGAGGAGAAGGUGUCGUUGGGCUCCAACGUGUCGCUGUCCUGCAAUGUCACCGGUCAUCCGUUUCCACAGCUCUACUGGAUCCACAAGCAGAGCAGGAACAAUAUGGACUCGUCUGGUAGAGUGCAUGUUCGGGACGGUGUGCUGACAAUCGUGGAAGUGGCGCCCUCUGAUGGCGGUUUGUAUUCCUGCAUGGCUGUCAGCGCAUCAGGCAAUGCAUCAAGAGAUGUUGCAGUGCUCACUCAACCAGGCCCUCCUCAAGAAGUGUCUGUCACUCCAAGAGCCACCUCAUUGGUCUUUUCCCUCAAAUCCCAGCCCAUCAGUGGGGGCACACCAAUCAGCAGCUUUGUUCUGCAGUGGAGGCGGGGCUCAGCUGAAAAGUGGGAGGAGAUUGGUGUCCCGGUCUCAGAUCCCCUCGCUAUACCUUCCCUCACCCCCUACACCACCUACACCGUUCGCCUGGCCGCCAUGAACUCCGUUGGCCUGGGACAGUAUUCAACCACGCAGCAAGUACGAAGCCAGGGCAUCCGAGGCGAGCCGGACCGCCCUGUUCUUUCAUCCGAUGGGAUGAAGAUAGACGGGAAUGCCCUCUCUGUCCCUGUGGCCCAGCUGGUCAGAGGCAGCUCUCCUCUCCUGCACUAUACAGUACGAUACAGAGAGGAGAAAGAAGGAGCCGGGUGGAAGGAGGAGCAGCGGCCUGCCGACACAUCCGUCAUCGCCCUCUCAGACCUGGCGUUCGGGGAAGACUAUCGCGUUGAAGUCAAGGCUGUCAAUGCAAACGGCUCCUCCAUUCCCGCUGAGCUGAGCUUCAGUGUCUCGAAGCAGCCCGCAGGCAUGACCAAAGGGGGCGUGGUGGCCAUCGUUAUGGUGAUCUUCUUGGUGCUGUUGCUUGUGGUGGAUGCCACCUGUUGCUACACCAAUAACUGUGGUCUUCUGAUGUUCAUCGCCAUUAAAGUGUUUGGUCGAAAGACCCCAGGCCACAAGACAAUGGAAGAGGGAACUAAUGGUGAUCUGAAUUUAAAGGGUCUUGACACUCCAAGAGGCAGCAUACACCAGCAACAAUCAGAGGGGAAGCUGAAGAAUGAGAUCACCUGCGACAAAGCCCCCCUCACCAAAAACGAGAAACACUUUGGAGACAUACCAACCACAGAAGCGUGAGGUUGGCCACAGGACAUAACAUCGCUCGUCAGUACGUCCCUUCGGGUAGACCCCUCGUGGGACCUCUGGGCGAGGAAAAUUAGAAUGGGAGUCAAUGGAAUUCUUUUUCUUAUUUUCUGAUCCCAGUCAUUAAAUGCCUUGGAUUACGCGUAUGUUUUGUGUGGGUCCAAAUAAUAACGUUAUUCACGUAAAGAGUUUGACCGUUUAUUGUGCAAUUUUUCAGUUAAAGGCUGUAGAGAAAACACAACGAGAAAGACUACGUACGUCUCGAAUGUGACGUCACGCUCCCUGCGACUGGCGUGGACAAAACCGUCAAUCUCCCAAUCGGCAUAACUGAAAAUCGACACAUGCCCCGACUUAUAAUGGUUUUCACUUCUUUCGAUGCUGUUAUCCUCCCCUUGGAAAAAAGCAGUGAAGUGUAGCAGAGGGAUCGCCAUGUCUGUCCAAGAGUGGUGGUGACGUAUAUCAUUUGCGUCGAUAGCAGCGAGGGGCUGUAGUUCAACGGCCUCACACAAAACCUAAAAUCAUCAAACUUCUUCGCGAUUUUCUUUUGGUUUUCUUCGCAUUAAAAAUUAUAAUUGAAAUCCACAAGCAACAUAUCUGUAAUCCAGGGCAUAGAAAGACUGAGACCAGAAAAUAAUUACUUUCUCUCCAUUGAAACCCAUAUUUUACGAUCUCAAAGGUCCCAUGGGGGUCUACCGGAAGGGGCGGACUUACGAGCUCUAUCACAGAACCACACAUCCGGUUUCAAUGAAGGGCAUGCCUUCAUCUCUGAUUGAAAGCUUCUUCAUCCACAAAAUGCCAAAUGACCCCCUCUCAGACAAUAGAGUGGCGAAGUCACGCCCCUUCCGGUAGAGUUCAUGGGACCUAUGAGAUCGAAAAAUAUAAAUGGGUGUCAAUGGAGAGAAAAUGAUUAUUAUUUUCUGGUCCCGGUCUUUAUAUGCCCUGGAUUACACAUAUGUUCUUUGUGGAUUUAAAUGAUAAUUUUUCAUGCAAAGAAAACUAAAGAUUUUCGUGAAGAAGUUUGAUAAUUUUAGGUUUUAUGUGAGGCCGCUUUGUGAACUACAGCUCUUCGCUGCUCUCGACGCAUAUGAUAUACGUCACCACACCCGCACUUGGAAUUCGGCACAGAGAUGGCGAUCUCUCUGUUCCACUUCACCACUUUUUUUCAAGGCGAGGAUAAAAGCAUAGAAAGAGGUGAAGACCACUAUAAGUCAGGGCAUGUGGAGAGUUUUAGUUAUGUGCCCUAUGUGCCAUCUCUGUGCCAAGUUCCAAGUGCGGGUGUGGUGACGUAUAUCAUAUGCGUCGAGAGCAGCGAAGAGCUGUAGUUCACAAAGCGGCCACACAUAAAACCUAAAAUUAUCAAAAAAUCAUUAGUUAUUUUUGCAUGAAAAAUUAUCAUUUAAAUCCACAAACAACAUAUGUGUAAUCCAGGGCAGACUGGGACCAGAAAAUAAUUAUUUUCUCUCCAUUGACACCCAUUCAUAUUUUUCGAUCUCAUAGGUCCCAUGAGCUCUACCGGAAGGGGCGUGACUUCGCCACUAUUCAAUUCUUGCACUCUUGACGGAACUUUUUAUAUGUGGCUUUAUUGAAACCCGGCCUUUUAAAAUACAUGAAUCAUGCAUUUGAACAAAAGCAAAAAAGGCUGUCUAUUGUAUAUGUUUAUACAUAACAAAACAAUUUAUUUAUUGACUGUUUCUGAUCCUGCAGGAUUACGAUCUUUCAGAUGGGUUUCUGACUUUUCUGUUGUUCUUGCAACAGUUAGCUAAUAUAGAACAGAAUUAUCUUACAUUGAAGUGAUGUGAUGUUAUGUUUCUUUCCAUACCAAUAUUUCAUAUUAUUACACUAAAAGGUGCAUAACAAUUUGGAUCAUGUCCAAAAAAACAUUUUUUGUUUGUAAAAGCUGAACCUGUUGCUUUUGAUUUGCAAUGCAAUGUUAUAGCAGCUCAACAUAUUUAAAGAUGAAUGUGCCCUGAUGACGUUCUAUUUGAGCAAUUGAAUAAUUUACUAUUAUUGCCUUGAACAUUGUAGGCCUGAAUGGCUUGUAAAUACACAUAUUUUUUACAGCUUCAUAUGUUUCAGAAAUAAUAAAAAAAAAUCUAAAAAAAAAGAGUAAUUUUUGCUCAGA